AGGCGACAUGCUGAAAAUCCGGAGGUUGGGCCCACCACUCGCGGUCCUCGAGAACGCGAUGCCGCACGUGAUGCCCGGUGGCCGCUGGUUUCCGACCGAGUGCACGGCCCGACACCGAGUGGCUUUAGUGGUGCCCUACCGGGACCGGCUCAGCAACCUUCAAGCGUUCCUGCAGCACAUGCACCCGUUCCUCCAGAACCAGCAGCUUGACUACGGUAUAUACCUCGUUGAACAGAACGGCACGGGAGACUUCAAUCGCGCGAAGCUCCUUAACGUGGGUUACGACAUAGCCAAGGCGAUGGACAACCACAGCUGCUUCAUAUUCCAUGACGUUGACCUGCUGCCGGAGAACAGGCGCAACGAGUACGCUUGCAAGGACGGUGGGCCGUUCCACAUGUCCGCCUGCACCGACAUCAUGAAAUACAAGCCGUUCUACGAGACCAUCUUUGGGGGUGCGAGUGCCGUGCGCAGCGAGCACAUGGAGAAGGUCAAUGGCUUCUCAAACGUGUUCUGGGGAUGGGGAGGUGAAGACGACGACAUGUCCAUCAGGCUGCGGUUCAGCGGCUUCAACAUUGUGCGUAAUAACUGCACUGUCGGCCGGUACACAGCGCUCAGACAUGGCGCCCAGCGCGCAAAUCCCAAACGAAUGAGGCUGAUCAGACGGUCCUUCUUUCGCAUAUACAAGGACGGCCUGAAUACGCUGAAGUACAGGGUGCUUGACAUCGUCUUCAAAAAGCUGUUCACCCACAUCAAGGUUGAUCUGUUUCAGAAAGUACUCACCAAGCCAACCGAAUGACAGAUUUUCACCCUCGUAGAGAGUGCGCCAUUUAUGCAAUAAUUUGUGAAUUGGUGCACUGUACAUAAAACUUAUGCGGCAAUAACUUUUUUAACCACUGCUACUCACUAUUAAACACUCAUUUCUAUUAGGAACGUCAUACGUUGCAGGCUAGUCUGGCACAAACGUGACUGACUACUUUUCAUCGAAUGCAUACGCACAUAAAGAAAUAAGUAUAUUACAAAUAAAAACUUGUGUGUUACUUGUAUGUUGUGGCAGUAACAUGCGGUUUUUCACAAACAGUACAAUGAAAAAAAAAAAACAAACAAGAAGCAAUGCAGAUCAAACACAAAAGACACUUAAAAGAAUAGACUGUUGGGCGAGUUGGUAAUUCGUGAUGAAAGGAACUAGCGCAAAAAAACGUAGGACUAGACGAAGAAGGCUACAGCACAAGCACAUUGCUGUAGCAAAGAAGGCUACAGCAAUGCACUUGUGCUGUAGCCUUCUUCGUCUCAUCCUACGUUUUUUUUGCGCUAGUUUCGUAACAAAAGACACCUUGUUGGCACUCAGUAACGAUCUUCUUUUACUUUUGCGAAAAACGGUAAUACUACUUGAACACAAAUAUCUUGGAGAACAAGAAAAUGUUGUGAAGAGCUUAUCUGUGAUACCUUUUUCCUUUGUAGGGAUAGUUAGUGGUACCAUUAUUUUCUCUAGAA